AUGAUCAUUGACCGAAAGCUUCUGUUCGCUGAUCAUGUUAAGUACGUUGUUGGGAAGGCUAUGCGAAUUUUCAACAAACUAUGCAUUUACACCCGACCAACCUGGGGAGCCCAUCCCGAUAACGUGCAAACCAUCUAUCGACAGGUCAUUGAGCCUACAAUUACAUACGCAGCAGACCUGAAUUCGGAAAAUCUAGAACAGGAAACAGCGCCUAUUCGAAUCUAUACAGAUGGAAGCAAGCUCGAGAAUGGCGGUGUGGGAGCGGCUUUCGUCUGUUUCGAAGGUUCAAAAGUUAUAUAUAAAAAGAGGCUGAAACUACAUACUAGCUGCUCUGUGUUCCAAGCGGAACUCUUGGCGAUUAAAGAGGCUUGCGAGUGGACUUUGGACCGGAGAUUGAAGCAAGGAGACGAAAGACACCAAAGGGGCACAAGGAUGCACAUGGGCUGCAAGGAGGUUAUACAGAUCUUGAGUGACUCUCAGGCGGCACUGAGAGCACUCCAAAAGAGAUCUAACACCCACCCCAUUGUGGCAAAGACUCAUGACACAAUAUAUACAGCUGCUCAAGUGGAUCUUAAUUUCAUAUUCUCAUGGGUUAAGGGCCAUGCGGGCGACGCAGGUAACGAAAUUGCUGAUGAGACAGCCAAAGGCGCUGCCACACAACACAAAACUCCUGACUACGCGAAGUUCCCUAUGAGCUUUGUAAAAAGGACUAUGAGGGAAAAAACUUGGAGAACUUGGCAGACAAGAUAUGAAAGCGCGGAACAAAGAGCAUGCACAAAAGAAUUACUCCCAAAAUUGACGGACAUUUGUGCACUAUGGAAAGCAACCAAAGUAUCAUUUCAAUUAACGCAGGCUUUAACAGGUCAUGGCUACCACAAGGAAUAUCUGCAUAGAUUCAAAAUCGCUGCCGAUCCAUUCUGCCCCUGUGACAAUACCACUACUCAAACGUUAACUCAUUUGUUGAGGGAGUGUCCUAGAUUUGAGUACAAUAGACUAAAACACGAGAUGCUUUGUAGCAAUCUACGUAUAUCACCGUACUGUGUAACGGAACUUUCAAAUAAACAAAGUGCUAUUGAAUCCUUCGUUACAUUUAUUAAUUACAUCAUAGAUAAGCUUAAAGGAUUCAAUAAAUUGUAA